AUGCCAACAAGCGACAAACCAACCGUCCUCAUUGUCGGAGCAGGACUAGGGGGCCUAUUCCUGGGGGCCCUUCUCGAGAAGGCCAACGUUCCAUACACCAUUUUUGAACGUACAGCCGUUGUGAAACCAUUGGGCUCGGCUAUGACUGUUGGUCCCACGCUACUCCCCAUCUUCCAACAGCUGGGAAUCUAUGACGAUCUUGUCGAUAUUGGAAAGUAUAUGACUCACGUCGAGGCCUUCAAGGAGUCUUUACAGCCAUACCGACCAGUUGACUGGAGGUCUUUUGAAGAAUUCGCAGGAUAUGGUCAAUACAUUGUCACACGCCCCAAGCUCCAUGAGCUCUUCCUCAAACAGAUCCCUCCCCACAAGAUCCAUUUCGGAAAACGCGUCCAGACCAUCUCUGAGGACAAAGACAGCGUCACCAUCCACACCACCGACAACGGCAUCCAUGAGGGCGACAUCGUCGUCGGUGCUGACGGCGCCUACAGUGCUGUGCGUCAGAGCAUGUAUGAGCAAUUGAAGGCCAAGGGUGUUCUGCCGGCGUCGGAUCUGGAAGAUUUACCAUUUAGUUGUACAUGCUUGUGGGCAGCGUUUACAACAGCGCAGUCAUCUUUGGCAUAUAUGGUAUACCAUCACUUACCAAGUCAAACGAGCAAGGCGACCGAAGAACAACGCGUCAAGGACGGAGACGACGCAGAGUGGGAUGCCUCCCCGGCGCAGACCAUGUGUGACGAGACUCGCAACUUCCAGAUCCCAAUCGACAUUGAUGGGCGCAAGAUGACCAUGGGCGACCUAUAUGACCUCACACCGAAGGAGCUUAUUUCAAAGGUUGGGUUGGAGGAGAAGGUGUUUGAGACUUGGCAUCACGGGCGCGCUGUGCUGCUAGGCGAUGCCUGUCACAAGCUCCACCCCAAUGGUGGCCAAGGUGCCGUGACAGCCAUCCACGACGCGAUCGCACUCGCCAAUCUCCUCUACGCCAUGCCCUCAAAGUCCCUCCCCGACAUCACCGACGCCUUUGAGGAAUACAGAAGCGAGAGGUACCCAGCAGCCAAUGAGGCGUUCGAGAACAGCCAGCUCAUGAGCAAGAUUACGGAUCGCUCGUUCAUCGGAGCUAUUAUUUUUUACCUCUACACAAACAUGCCCAUGUGGUUGUGGAGGAUGAUGUUGGUUAAGUUGGUCCGCUUCCGACCUCAGGCGGGAUUCCUAAGAGCUCUUGAAGUUAAGGGUAGUGUUUUGCCAGUUCCUUCGUUUAGUGAAAAAAAGGCUAGAGCCUUCUUUGAGAAGCAUCAACAGCAGAUGGCGGCCGCCACUUCGAUCUAA